AUGGAAGAGAUGGAAGAGGAGCUCAAGUGCCCGGUAUGCGGCUCCUUCUACCGGGAACCUCUAAUCCUACCCUGUUCACACAACCUGUGCCAGGCAUGUGCCCGAAACAUCCUGGUGCAGACACCAGAGACGGAGUCGCCUCAGAGCCGACGUGCCUCGGGGUCAGCUGGCUCCUCAUCCGACUAUGAUUACCUGGACCUGGACAAGAUGAGCCUGUACAGUGAGGCAGAUAGUGGCUAUGGCUCAUAUGGGGGCUUUGCCAGUGCACCCACUACACCAUGUCAGAAGUCGCCCAAUGGUGUGCGUGUCUUCCCUCCAACUGUCCCGCCAGCUGCACAUCUCCCACCGGCUUCAGCCACUGCCUCAUUGGCACCGGUGCCACGCAAUUCCUGCCUCACCUGCCCGCAGUGCCAUCGCAGCCUGAUUCUGGACGAGCGGGGCCUUCGUGGUUUCCCCAAGAACCGUGUCUUAGAGGGUGUCAUUGACCGUUACCAGCAAAGCAAAGCAGCUGCUCUGCGCUGCCAACUGUGCGAGAAGAUACCCAAGGAGGCCACAGUCAUGUGUGAACAGUGCGAUGUCUUCUAUUGUGACCCAUGCCGGCUGCGCUGCCAUCCACCACGGGGGCCCCUGGCUAAGCACCGUUUGGUGCCUCCAGCUCAGGGCCGGGUCAGCCGGAGGCUGAGUCCACGCAAGAUCUCCACUUGCACUGAUCAUGAGCUAGAGAAUCACAGCAUGUACUGUGUGCAGUGCAAGAUGCCUGUCUGUUACCAGUGCCUGGAGGAAGGCAAGCAUUCCAGUCAUGAGGUGAAGGCGCUGGGCGCCAUGUGGAAACUACAUAAGAGCCAGCUGUCCCAGGCCCUGAAUGGACUUUCAGACAGAGCCAAAGAAGCCAAAGAAUUCUUGGUACAGCUACGCAACAUGGUUCAACAAAUCCAGGAGAACAGUGUGGAGUUUGAAGCUUGUCUGGUCGCCCAGUGUGAUGCACUUAUUGACGCUCUCAACAGACGGAAAGCCCAGCUGUUGUCACGGGUUAACAAAGAACAUGAGCACAAACUGAAGGUGGUACGUGAUCAGAUCUCUCACUGCACAGUGAAGCUGCGCCAGACCACGGGGCUGAUGGAAUACUGUCUGGAGGUCAUCAAAGAGAAUGACCCCAGUGGAUUCUUGCAGAUUUCUGAUGCACUGAUACGAAGGGUGCACCUGACUGAGGAUCAGUGGGGGAAAGGGACACUCUCUCCAAGGAUGACCACAGAUUUCGACCUCAACCUUGAUAGUGCCCCUUUGUUGCAGUCCAUCCACCAACUUGACUUCAUGCAAAUGAAAUUGCCAGCCCCACCAAUCCUUCAACUGGAAGAAUGUUGUACCCAUAACAACAGUGCCACAUUGUCAUGGAAGCAGCCACCUCUGUCCACAGUGCAGGCGGAAGGAUACAUCUUGGAACUGGAUGAUGGGAAUGGUGGUCAGUUCAGGGAGGUUUACGUUGGGAAGGAGACAAUGUGCACUGUGGAUGGUCUGCACUUCAACAGCACCUACAGUGCUCGGGUAAAGGCCUUCAACAAGACAGGGGUCAGCCCCUACAGCAAGACAUUGGUCCUGCAGACUUCAGAGGACUCCGAACCUGAGGAGCAGGCCCUGACAUUCCCAGUGCCUUUGGAAAGGCUGCCGCUGCGUAGAUCAAGUCCUUUCUCUUCCACCCUUAACCUGCAAAACAGCUUUCCGGGGAGAUCCUACUUUGAGCUAAGAUCCUCGUCCCACCAAAUGAGUUUGCACUCCUCUUUACAAUCUCUGAAUUCGGCCGGUUGUGGUUUUGAGGCUCAGUCAGGACCUUUCUCCCAAUUAGUUGAUAUUAAAAAAAUGGUAGCAGUGGCUUGGUUUUCGUUUGACCCCAGCACUGCUCACUCCGACAUCAUCUUCUCCAAUGACAACCUGACAGUUACCUGCAACAGCUAUGAUGACCGGGUUGUGUUGGGAAAAACUGGCUUCUCCAAGGGGCUCCACUACUGGGAGUUAUCCAUCGAUCGCUAUGACAACCACCCGGAUCCAGCUUUUGGAGUUGCCCGAAUGGAUGUUCUCAAGGAUGUCAUGCUAGGGAAAGAUGACAAGGCUUGGGCCAUGUAUGUGGACAAUAACCGAAGCUGGUUCAUGCAUAACAACUCACAUACCAACAGGACUGAAGGAGGUAUCACCAAGGGUGCCACUGUAGGUAUCUUGCUUGAUUUGACCAGGAGGACCUUGACGUUCUCCAUCAAUGAAGACCAGCAAGGACCAGUGGCCUUUGAGAAUAUGGAGGGUAUAUUCUUUCCUGCUGUCAGUCUCAACCGGAAUGUGCAAGUAACACUUCACACUGGCCUGCCGGUUCCGGACUUCUACAAUGCACGGGGAUCCCUGCAGUAG